CGGCGCGUCCUCGGUGCCGUCUGGAGCGAUCGCGCGCCGCACCGCCCGCCCGAUGGCUCCGUGGCUCGGCGCCGAGAUGGCUCAGGCGGCGGCGGCGGCCGCGGCUCCUGCGAGCCAGCAGUACUUCCGAUCGGACAGCAGCGACUCGGCCGCCCGCAUGCUGGGCACCCCCGACGCCGAGGCGCCGGCCCGCGCCGAGAAGCGCCGUCCGAAGAAGCGCUGCAGCCCGGUCUGGCUGGCCGUGGCCGCCAUGGCCAUCCUGGCCUUGCAGAUCGCCUCCACCACCGGCCUCUUCGUCUACUUCACCAUGUCCAUCGCCAAGCUCAAAGCUCAAGCCCAGGGGAGCUCGGAGGAGCUGAGGUGCCUCCUGCUCCUCAACAGACAGCAGGAACUCUCCGACUUGGAGGAGCUGAUUGGCAGCCGCUCGUGCCUCAAGCUGGCCGGCAGCAUCAAGGAAUAUGUCACCAUGGUGACUGAGAAUGUGAUCCGCAAGAGCGCUCAGAGUGACCCCUCAAAGACGCACGCCAACUCCACAGGUGAGCAACUGGUGAGCAACCAGCUGGGCGGCAGACCCUCAGCACACCUGACGCUCAAGAGGCAGAGUCCGUCUCAGACAGGGAGCCUGGGACUCUUUGGGGAGCUGCAGCAGUCCUGCCAGCAUCCCGUCCACCACUGGGUCAGCAGGACCAUGCAUGCGCACCUCCAGAACAUCACCUACCAAGACGGCAUGCUGCAAGUCAGCCAGCCGGGCACGUACUACGUCUACACGCAGAUCUACUUCCGCUACCCCACCGAGGGCGUGGAGCCCCGUGCCUCGGGCCACCACCUUGUGCAGUGCGUCAACCUCCGGAGCUCUUACGGCCAGAACCUGCUGCUGCUGAAGGGAGUGGGCACCAAAUGCUGGGCCCAGGAUGCCACCUACGGGCUCCACGCCCUUUACCAAGGUGGCCUCUUCGAACUCAAAGCCGGGGACAAGCUCUUUGUCUCCGUCUCCUCGCUGGACAUCAACUACGACCAGGCGGGCAGCUACUUCGGAGCCUUCCGCCUCGUGUGAAGUUGAAGGGACGCUUUUCCGAACUGCCCCCUGGCAGGAAGGUCCCAGAGACACUGCUGCUGCUGCCUUAACAUGUAGCCAUGACCCACGGUGCCAACUCGGAACCAGCAGGAGAUGCCCAUUGCUACCAGAAGACCUGCCACCCCACCCCUGCGUACUGUUGCUUGGCACAUUCAUGGGGCCUUCUGGGACUAGGGAGCUGCAGCCCCUCCCAUUGCAGAGGUGUGAAAAGAGAUGCAAAGCGGAAGACAGCCGCUGGCCUCCCAUGGACGCCGCGGGAUGUGCAGGAGCUCCGUCGUGGAAAACCUCUCUCUGUUGUAUGCCUUCCGUCACAAGCCCAAGGGGAAGUAGCGGGCAAGAGGGGAGAGACCCCUGAAGGUAACCCAACAGGUGGGAGCUCUUCCCCCUAGUAGGUAAGGCAGGUAAGAGACAUUAUAUGAGCCAGUCCCUUGUCACUGUCCGUGUCUAGCUGGCAGGUAUCCAGGCAGGUUGGUGAGUUUGUAGGGCUUUCAGGAAAUCAGGGUAGCCAGCCUUCUCUUCUGUGAGACCCACACGCGACUUACUUCCACUGACUCCGGAAUUCUCCCAAUCAUUUCUAUUGAAAAAAGGUAGGAUUCACUCUUUCCAAUUGCAUUAGGGGAAACAUAAAGCCGGACUUCGACGAUUAGCCUGCUUUAGGGUUGCUCAGGUACAGGACUGCUCUACGCACGCAGCUCUUGUCCAAGCGAGUUGUGAGGCGUUGCAACUGCUUCACUGAGGUAGCUAACUGCACAGGCAGGAAAUGUAGGUCAGUAUGUCACCUGCAGACAUCGGAGAGGGAGCAGACCUGGGAGACACAGGCAGGCACGCACCCUCUCCCUGUAGCACCUGGACCUAGGUAUCCAAAUACAUCUCAUCACACAGGGUGUGACACGGACUGGCAUUUCAAGUUUACACAUCAGUUUGCUCCAGUAACCCAGGCUGAAACUGCCGUGGCUGGCUGACGCUGGACAGGGAAGUACAGAAGCCGGGUGCAAAACCUUCCACAUUUGGUUUUGAAAAGUCACAGAGGCCAAAUGUUAAGCGGAAGUUGGGGAGAUGUCAUUGGCCCUAAAGCUGGAAUGUUAAGAGAAAUCAAAAGGGUUAUUGGUUUCGUGUUCCAAUACUCAAGAUUGUUAGGAGAUUCUCGCUGCCAUCCUAAAUAUCAGUGAUCCCUUUACAUUUUAAACACGGAAGCUAGAAUUUGGCAACAGAAUUAGGAAUGCUGAUUUUCCGGGGAAAUGUUUACAGCGGCUAACGUGUGCUAGCGCAAGAGGUGGCAGUAGGCCUGGCCGCACAAGGAACCGAGCGGCUUUGCAGGAAUGUGAAAAAUGCCACGCAACGUUUCCUCCUUUGACGAUGUUCGUGUAGGCUGCCAAUCAUGUUGCAAAAAGAAAAGGGAAGAGGACACCCCUUGCUCUGCCCCUGUGGCUGUUUUUCAGAAGCAAAGGUUACCUGAGAGAAGGAGUUCCAAACCAACACCGGUUGAAAUAAGGAAAUUGCAUCCCUGAUUCGACAACAUAGUUCAAGCCAAGGAGAGUGUUAGUUUAAGGCCUUCUCAACGGGGCACCUUCCAGAUGUGUUGGGACUGCAACUCCCAGCCAGCAGAGGCAACGGCUGGGAAUGAUAGAAGCGGCGGUCCAGCACAUCUGGAGUGCACCCAGUUGGGAAGGCUGGUAUAAGGGAUACGAAACGUCUUGCUGCUCUUUCCAGCCCAUUCGACCCCCGUCGGGGCUUGGGCUGCAGAGGAACCGGCCUUAGAUCAAGGCAGGCCAUGUGCUCAUCCAGCCCAGUCUGGUUUCUCCUGACUGGCAGCAGCUUGGCAGGGCAGAUCCCCUUUCUCCUCACCUGCUACCUGACCUUUUCAAACUGGGAUGCUAGGGUUGGCUCCUUGGAUCUUAUUCAUGCAAACAACGUACUCUACCGCUCAGCUAUGGGCCCUCCCCAAUAGGCCUACUAUAGAGGAGGGGCUGUAGCUCAGCCAUGGAGCAGGGGGUGUUUUGCAUGCAGAAGGUCCCGGGUCUGAGCCUCGGCACCUCUAAGUGGGGCUGGGACAGUAUUUGGCCUGAAACUCAGCAUAGACAACACGGAGCUAAAUGGAUCAAGGUCCGAUGGUAUGGGGCAGCUUCCUAUAUUCCUCUGACAUGGCGAGGAAGAAAUUCCCAGCGUCUGCCAGACGGCCCCUUCCCCUGCCCUUUUCUGCUAAAGCCCAAGAUUUGGAGGUGGGGGAGAGAGAAAUUCCCCAUGGCUUUUCCUUGCCAGGUGAGGCUUCAGCACCUGAUCCAGCAGGCAGAUCAAGACUCAAGGCAGGCCUCGCUGGGUGGAUGGGUGGGUGCAAUUUGGAAUUUAGCCGAAAUUGGGUGGGGGUUUUUGAAUUUUUUUUUUUUUUUUUUUUUGAAGUUGGUAAAGGUUUUUGAAAACUUAACACAUUUGCGAUGGCAUUUUGUGAACUAUGUCGUCCACUUCAUCAGAUGGGGCUCUCCUCUUGGGCUUUUAACUGCCGCCGACAGUUCAGAAAUUAGGCAAGCGAAGCUUUCCCCAGCCCCUUCUCCAAGAAAAGUUUUGCCGGCUGGAUUUCCAUGCGUCAGGCUGCUGUUAGAAGUACAGCAGCUGCAGGAGGAUUGGGGGAAAGGUGGCAAUCCUAAUUUCCCUCUUGUGGGGCAUGGGUUGUUACAUUCACAGGCACUGCAGGGUAACCCACGCUAAACCUGGCUCUCAUCAGAACAAACGCAAGCAGACGUGCCUGAAAAGCCACUGGGUAAACCGCCUGUACUCCAGCCCCUGCCCCAGAUUGUGAAAUCUAGAUCACUGGAUGUGUUCCUGGCCCAAAAGAGAAACUUUGGGGGCAUUGGAUGCCUCCUCAAACCUCCCUUGAAAAUCAGGGACGAACUUCCAGCCUCCCUGGGCAGCUUGCUCUAGUGCAGCCUUCCUCAACCUGGGGCGCUCCAGAUGUGUUGGACUGCAUCUCCCAGAAUGCCCCA